UAUUUUUUACAAACUAAAACUAUAUACUUCUGAAGUAUUAGUUUUUGACUUACGAUUAGAACAGUGUUAAUUUAUAUUAAAUGCCAAUUUAUGACAAAAAAUAGUUAUACUAUAGUAACCAAACAUCAAGUCGAUCAGUAAUCAAAAAUGAUUAUGCUGUGAUGAUACGUGUACAUUCUGAUUUUUAUCUUCUCAAGUUAAUGUCAACAAUCUAAAGUUAAUGUGAGCAAUAACAAACUUUAGGUUUCCUAAAGGAAAAAGAUUUUAUACAAUAUUUCAAGUUUAAUAAUUAUAUUAAAACGUCAACACAUAUAGAUCGAAGAAUGAAGAUUAUUUGUUUUUGUACUUUUUAUUAUUGUAUACUAAAUGAAUAAUAAAAUAUUGCAGACUAAUUGAUAGAUGUCAUAGCGUUUCUUGACCGUCGCGUCGUUUAAGUUGCACGGACGUAAAAUUCGACAUAUUUAUCUUUUGUGAUUACAUAUGCAUUCAUAUACACUUUCAUGUUACAGUACAUUAAACGAAAGCUUGUCUGACUAGGCUCUAGGUUACGUACCAUUUUCCAUGAGCCCUUAGCGCAUUUUAAUGAGAAAAGGGUGGUUGAUACCUAGACGGACAUGAGGCUUCAAAAUAAUUAGAAACAGACAUACAUAGGAGAAACACAAAGAAAGAUGCUUGUCAGGUCAUUAAUAUUUAUUGCUAUUAUUUUUUCAACAAAUGGAUUGCCUUACUCGCCUCAAACCAAAACUCCUUACACAGCAUAUCAAAAUUCUGAACAAAAAUCCAUAUUUCAAAUUCCCGAACAACCAGAAGUAAUAUUUCAACCUCCUGAACAACAACAUGUGAUAUUUCAAACACCUGAACAACAAGAAGUAAUAUUUCAACCAGAGCAAGAUGGUGUAAUAUUUCAAAAUUCUCGGCAAAAGAUGAUAUUUGAAAAUCCUAAACAAGACACCAACCAAAACCAAGCUUAUCGAGGUCAUUUUGCUUCCGAUGGUUUAAAAUUCGCGGAACAGGACGCUGAUUUUAUAAUUAGCUGUAUUGGAUUGAAUAGAAUUUGCGUUGACAAAAAAGAUUGUGUAAAUGGUUAUAUUCACUCGAGUAAAAGUACUACUUACUCUUCAUCCAUCAAGACUCAACAAUGCAGGGUACAUGAUCAAGUUUGUUGCACGAUUACAAAAGAAUUUGAAAGGAAAUUGAAAACGUCUAGCAAAAAUGUAAAAGAUCAUUCUAAUAAUAUAAACUAUCAAACUGAGCAAUCAUCUAUAAGCUAUAACCAGGUCGCAGUAACUAAAGAAAGGAAUGAGCCAAAUAUUUUUGGAUCUUCUAUGCAAAGCGCUUUUGCAAUUCCGACCCAUGUACAGCUUGGAUGUGCAGCAGCGCUUAUAUGUGUUGAAGAGAAGUUCUGCACUAUGGACGGAAUGAUCAGUCCAGAGCCUGUUAUUCUGUCGGAAAAGCAACUUCUUCGACGUGUGCCAAUGAGUAGUUGCAAAAAUCCUGAUAAUGGAAUAAUUGGCAAAUGUUGUCGGGAUCCAAACUACGUAGAUCCUUGGCCAACAGGGAAUCUUCCGGCAAAUUACUCCGGUGGAUUUGACGAACAAGGAUUUCCAACGUUUAUGAAUAUUGUAAAAGUAAAACUACCCAAUAUACCUGCAAAAACUACUAAAAUACCUGCAAUCAAUCGCAAUGUAGAGUAUUCAAAAGAAGUUGAGCCCGUGUUAAUACCAGAAAAUUCCGAUAUUUCUACGAAAAAAGUAUUUUUAGUUCCUCCAAAUACGGGCAUAGAUGACAGAAGUGGUUUUAACACGCCAAAAACAAGAUCAAGAUGUGGUAUUAGAAAUAAGGUAUUAAAACAAUCACAAGAAACGGACUCCAAAACAGUUUUUGCAGAAAUUCCAUGGCAAGCGAUGGUUUUACAUUUAAAGGAGCGGAAAAUUCUCUGUUCUGGUGUUCUAAUUGGAAAUCAAGAUGUAUUAACAGCAGCUAAUUGCAUCUACGGUCUGCUGCCGGAAGAUAUUUUGAUAAAAUUGGGAGAAUGGAAAUUGGGGUACGAAUUAAAACAUGAGGAACCAUUGCCUUUCCAAAUCAUCAAUGUAUCAUCCAUAAGUAUACAUCCUUAUUAUGAAGGAAAACCUGGAGAAUACGACCUCGCAAUGUUGCAUCUCGAAAAUCCCAUUACUUUCGAUCGUCAUAUAAGUCCCAUAUGUCUGCCUGAUUCAAAGCAUUUACUGCAAAAUAAUAAAUUGUGCAUUGCCACUGGUUGGGGAAAGUCCAUUCUUCAAGCACAUUACGCUGGUGCAAUUAUGCAUGCAAUUAGCAUGAACAUACUAUCCAGAGAACGUUGCCAAGAUGUGUUAUUACUAAGCACAAAUCUUGGAAUUAAUGUUACAAAUGGGACUAUCUGUGCUGCACCCAAAGAAGAAAAAGAUAAUAUUUGUGACACAGAUGUUGGGGGACCUCUUGCUUGUCAAAAUGAGCAUGGUGCUUAUGAAUUAAGUGGAAUUUAUAGUCAAGAUACAGGAUGCUAUCCAUCAAAUCAAGUAGCUGUGUUUGCUUCAUUAGAUGUAGCAUGGGUAAAGAAAAUCAUGUCCAACUCUACAGUUGAAGGAAACAAAAUAAAUAUCAAAUAUGAUGCAAACAAUGAAAAUUCAGCGUCAAGUGAUUAUAGGAAGAGCACUUUGGUUACAGAUAAUCAAUAUCUACCUCCACAUUAAAAAUUUAUUGACUAAUAUUUUUUUUCCUUAAUAUUUAAUACUCUUUAUCUUUUUGUAUUAUAUAAUAAUUAUUAAUAAAAUUGUUAUCCUUGGGAAGUAUCUUAGCAUAAGAAUUUACAAUUACAUUUUAUUCUACUUUACAAAUUACUGUUAAUCUUAUAUAUUGGGUAAUAGCUUUAGGAAAAAAAUAAAAGAUUAAUUCUAUAGCUGUUUGAAUUAAUACAUUACAAUCCUGUCAUCAGAAUCACCUCUAAAUUGAUUUACUAGUAACUUAAUAUAUUUCAAAUGACUAAGUGGACAUUCGUUUCUUUGCUUUUUUACAAAUUAUAUAAUAUGUAUGAAUUUCUAUACAGGAUAAUAGAUAUUUCUAAUCUUUCAAAAAAUAACUUAUACCACCACUCAAGAGUUUUUCUCAUAAAGGAAUAUGUUAAACUGCAUUGGUCUGCUUAAUCAACACCAUCCAUAAAUUUUAUGUAAUAUAGAAUAUUAGAUUUUUCUACAAUAAUUUUAGUAUCAUUCCAUAGUAUCCUUUUGACAGAACUAGUUCCACCAUUGUCCCAAUUUGCCAACAUUACUGUAAUCUGCUUAUUUUCCAAAACCAGGAUCAAAGUAUUAUUUCCUUAAUACUUAGCCAACCGAAUGGGGAGAUCUCCCCUCUGUGAAGAACAUCGCUGGGUGACCCAAUGGGAAGAUCUCCCUUUUUGACUUUAGCAAUGCAUUUUCUCUUUUGUUGUUGUUAUUAUUAGUUAUCGUUUGCCUGGAAUUGUUCCCAAUUAAUUGCGUCAUUUUUUCUGCUUUUAUAAAGUACAGUAUAUAAUAAAAUACACCAAUUUAGUGGUGUUAAAAUUAAUUAAAAUAUUACACUAUUAGUUAUGACUAAAUAAAGUUAUAAUCGAAUGAUGUCACACUAUAAAAAAAUAUUAAAAUGCAUUAUGAAUUUUUUAUUUCACGUUCAAGUCGUGUUAUUUAUCUUUAGUCAUCUUUAAUGUUUUUAAUUUUACCUAUAUUUUUUACACUUUUAAUAUAUACUUUUAAUUUGAUGUUUCGUAUAAACAAUAUAUGAAAUCGUUAAAUAAAAUUAUUACCGCAAAAUAUAAUUAACCACUUAAAUAAUUUUUACACCUCUUUGUUUUUAACUAGUGAAUAUCAGUCCUUGAUAUUUGCAAAAAUGCGCGGUGGACAGCGUAUAGGUUAGCUUAUCCGAGGGAAAUAGCUCGCUAUGGCGCGCGCGGUUGGCUAAAUGUUAACAUGCUACUAUAUAUGUUUCAUUCUAUUUUAUCUUUUAUGGCAAUCUUUUUCUAUUUGUUUGAAUAUUUUCUUUGAAUUUGUUUGGUUAGAUAACACUUCAUCUUGUAUAAUUUUUUGGCCAAAGAACAGCUUGUAUAAUAGUCAAUGAACAUACGGUGUCCUUGAGAAACUGGGGCUUUAUCCAAUAGCGUUUUAUACAAGAGUAAAGAAAUUCUAGUUGACACUGGAAGAUCAAUUCUUAUCAAUUGUUCUGUUGACAAAAGACUAUUAUCAAAGUACCACAAUACUGCAAAUGUGUCCUGUUUCAGUGCCUAUUAUUAUUUUUAUUUCUUAUUUUCCAUUUGAUUGGCUCCUCUGGGUUCUAGGUAAUAAAAGAAACUGCCUCUUUGUAUUUCACAACUACAGAGAUAUUCUCACCCGGCACAAAAUAAAGCAAAAAUUUUGAGUUUAUGUAUUUCAAACAACAACUCAACUCUUUCCUACAAACAAGUUCUCAUGCUUCCAUCUUCCUUUUGAGACUGUCAUCAAAUGAAGUAUCCAAAAAAUUUGGGUAAACCUAUCUUAGGUAAAUGUAUUGGAAGAAAAAAUCCGACCGAUAUCAUUUGUUAAUCAAUAUCCUUGAAUAUUGGAACCGAUGGCAUUGUACCUAUAUGUUUAAUUACUCCAAUGGGAGUCCAUAGAUAAAUCUAACCUAAACCUAAGCCAUAUCUAACUCACGUCAAAGAGCAUAUAACAAUCCUUAUCUCGAAAACUAAAGCCGAGCAGUAGUUAUAUGUAUAGGAAAAAGUUGGCCAAAAUCAUGAUCCUGAGAACAUAUUUGAAAAUCAUUGAACGAUUAGCAUAAUAAUUAUAAUAAUUUAAAAUACAAUAUUAUAAUAAUAAUAGUAAUAAUAUUCAUAGAACAAUGCUGUACUAUGAAAUCUAAAAGAAACGACUAUUUAUUUUAGAGUGUUUUCUCUUUAUAUACAAAACAGUGACUACUAGUACAAGGUACAAUAUAACCUAUCUGGUACUUAUAACAGCUACAAACUACAAGCUGCAACCUAUCAUUCUUUCCUUCGGUCUUAGUUACAAAACAAAACGUUUGAUAUCGAACCGUUGCUUUGCCUACAAGAAAACGUAAAACCAGCUAUUGUUGCCUCUCGAUUCUGGAAUGCAAAGAAUUAAUACCAAUCAAAUACGUAAAACAGUUUAACAAUAAACGACUGAAAUUAUGAUAAGAGACAUUGUAACACAUUGGUAGUUUAAUACAUACAGGGUGGUUGGUAAUUAGUGGUACAAGCGGAAAGGGUGUGAUUCUACGCGAAAAAAGAAGUCGAAAAUAUAGAAUAACAAUUUUUUUAAAAUUUUUUUUUUAAUUUUUCCAUCGAGACAACGAUCUACAGUGAGAUCCGUUAUAACGCACCGCACGCGUAUUGAGCGAAAAUUCAAAGUCGAUUUUCUCGAAACCAAAGCCUCAAACGAAAAAUUUUUAUUCUAUAUUUUCGACUUCUUUUUUGUAUGUACUAUCUUAAAUAAAGCUAUAUAUGUAAUCACUAUUGUAAUUUAUCAUUGGAUAUUGAUUUUUUAAUUUACUAAUUUAUACCUUUUUAUUAUUAAAAAAUCUAAAUUUUCUUAUCUUAACAACAUUUCAUUUCUUUAUAAUAAUAUUUUAUUGAUUUAGAAACCUGUCUUGUACAUAUAUAUGAAAACAAAAUUUGCAGAUAUAGUAUUUACAAAUAAGUAGCGAAUAAGUUAAAUAUGCAGUUAACCGUGCGUCUAAUUGAAAUAAUAUGUACCAAUAGUUUCAAACUUCAUUUAUACUUCUUAAAUUCAUACUUUCAGUGGCGCCAAUGUGGUGCAACUGUGUCCACUUUUGGUACUAAAAUAUUGAAUCCUUUUCCCUGCUAUCAUCCGACACAACAUCUAUUCAAAAAGACGUUCAUUUAAUGACGAAAAUCAUGUACCUGUAAUACAGGACGACGAAAGUUUGAAAUACUUAGUAAAAGAUUAAUUCUACUUUUCGUAUCAUCGAGUAACGCUACUAUUAAACAUGGAUAAAAGAAAGAUGUCCAGGAGAUUCCCUGUAUCAAAUAUUAGAAAUUCCAAAAACUGCCACUCCUGAAGAAAUUAAAAGGACUUAUAGAAAGUUAGCAUUAAAAUAUCAUCCUGAUAAAAAUCCAAAUAAUCCAGAAGCGGCAGAUAAGGUA